AUGCUAAGUAAAUGUGGUCCUGUACCCAAUGGAACCAAUCCUAGAAAUGCUGAAGGACAGUUGAACGCAGCUCAGGCCACUCCAACAAAGCCACGUGUGCUUCAUAAAAUAAAGGAUAAAGAAGGAAUAACUUAUAAAUUAAAAAAUGAUGAACGGUGUAAAGAAGAUAUUGAAGAUCUCUGUGCAAAAGAAUCGCAAGCUGGAGGGAAUUAUGACCUGCUCUUGUGUUUGCAAAAUCAAAUUAAGGACGAUGAGUUAUCCGACGAAUGUCAUCAGGCAAUAUGGGAGUACAAGAGCAAGCUUAUUGAAAACCCUGUCUUUGAAACACCUGCAAUUGAAAUUUGUAAAGAUGAUUGGCAACAAAUUGAUGAAUGCAAAGUACUACAGCCAAAGCAUGGAGAACUAGUUCCGUGUUUAGUUGAAAACAAAAAUGCCAUCAAGAAUGCAAGAUGUAAACAUGUUAUCAAUAAACUGGCUCAAAUACUUUUCAGUGACUACAGAUUGUUGAAGAAUUUCUAUAAGGAUUGCGCAGCUGAUGUGAAAAAGUUUAAAUGUGGUAGACAGGAUGCGGAGGAAGAGGGCGAUCUACAUACGCAAGGUUCAACACUUGAAUGUCUUGAAGACAACGAGGGCAACCUGACAGAUUCAUGUCGUCAUAAAGUCCUCCGCGUGGCUGAACUUCAGAGCAAGGACUACCACAUGAACAGGGCACUUUACUUUGCUUGUAGAAAUGAUAGAGAGCGCUUCUGUGCCAAUGUUGAAGCAGGCAAUGGCAGAGUCUAUGCUUGUUUAAUGAAAAAGAAAUUCCAUGCUGAGAUGUCAAAUGAGCACAUGAAGGAACUUCAAGAAGAGUUGAUGGAAGAUUACUCCAUCAACCCAGCCAUUGUUGCCAAGUGCGACACAGAGAUCAGAACAUACUGUGGUAAAGUUGAAAAAGGAGGAAAAACCCUGGAUUGUUUGAUGGAAAAGGCCAUGGAAAAGGAAGGGAAGGACAAUAAAAUAGAGUUUAGCGACAAAUGUUACGAUGCGAUCAGCAAUCUGUUGAAGGAAACUGGUGCGGGAGGGGACUUCAAAGUGGAUGCAACACUACGUACCCAAUGCCAGUCAGCGGCGAAUAAGCUGUGUCGCGAUGUGAAAAAUGAUAUGGGCGUGUUAUCCUGUCUCAUGGAGAAUAUCGAGCACAAGGAUUUGGGAGGAUCAUGUCGAGAGAGUCUUCUUCAUUUGCAGUUUUUCCUUGCCAGAGAUUUUCAAUUGGAUGAAUCAUUAUAUCGUGCCUGCAAAGAUGAUGCGAAAAAUCUUUGUGAAAAUGAAGAAAUCGGUCACCCAGAUAAAGACACCGCCCCACAAGGGAUGACCUUGGCUUGUCUCUAUCGUCAUAUUCUACCAAACAUGAACCCAGACCCGAGUAAAAAGGUCAGCAAGCAGUGCGUGGCUGAAGUGAUGAGAACAAUGCACCAGAGGGCAACUGAUGUGAGAUUGAUGCCCCACAUACAACAUAGUUGUAUCUCUGAUCUUAGUAAAUAUUGUGGUGAAAAAAUAGAAGCGGGAGAGGAAAUCAAAUGUUUGCAAGAUAAUUAUGAUCAGCUGCAAUCAAAAUGUCAGAAGAGUAUAGGGGAGUUCACAGAAGAAGAAAGCGAGGACAUCGAUCUUGACAAAGUUAUGGUGAAGCAUUGCUCUGAGAUGGUUAAGGAAUUUUGCUCGAUCGAGCUGAAAGAUUAUCAAUUUUCCUCGAAAUUCAAAAAGGCGUGUAGAAAAGACGUGCAAACUCACUGUAUUAAUUCAAAAAGCAAACCUGAUGUUAUCGCGUGUUUAAGCGGCGAGGUUCGCAAAGCUGUUAUCGGUGAUGCAGAUCACAAGAUUUCCCAAGAAUGUAGGGAGCAAUUAACUAUUGAGAAACUUCGUCAGGCUGAAGACAUCCAAUUCGACCCGAAACUCUACGGUGCUUGUGCAGAAGAUGUGAAAAAGCACUGCGCUCACGUGCACAAAGAUGGCCCGGCUGCAGUUUUAGAGUGUUUGAAACAAGCAGAGGGCGACUUAUCUGAUGGAUGUUCCAGAAAAAUUUUCGAGCGAGAGAAAGAGGAAGUGGCCAAUGCAAAUCUUGAUGUUCGCCUUUUCAAAAUCUGUAAAAGAAUGAUCAAGAAAUAUUGCGAAAAUGUUAAUCCAAACAAAGUCCUCAACUGUCUGAAGAAACACAAACGUGAAAUGGCCGCAGAGGACGAGCAAGAAUGCCGCGAUCUUGUGUUUACUCGACAGAAGAACGCUUUGAAAGAUAUUGCACUUAUGCCUGGUCUGGAAAAGGCGUGUCGUCGUGACAUCAGCAAGUUCUGUGAGCACGUGACCAAUAAUGAUCAAGUGAUUCCAUGCUUGAAGAAAAAUAUCGAGGAUUUAUCUGGAGAUUGUGAAGAAUUUGUUGUGGAUUUGGAGAAAGAAGCGGCAUUAGACUAUCGCUUGAAUCCAAUUCUCGCUAAAGCCUGUGGCCAGGAGAUCGACAAGUAUUGCCAUGAGAUUGAUCCUGGUCAUGGUGAAGUUAUGGAAUGCUUAAAAGAACAUUACAAAAAGAUCGAAAACGAAAAAUGUCGAGCUGUGAGUGACAAUCAUGAUCAAAGGCUGCGAUCACAUUGUACCCACUAG